AUGCCGGCGGGACCACGCGGCCAACUUGUCUGGAAGCUUUUUUUCCCUGCCAAGGUCUGUCAAGCUUUGUCGGGUUUACGGUGGUUUGGGGUGAACGGCCCACUCAAUCUCAACGCUCACCGCCCUCUGGACUUUGAUGUCGUUGUUGUCAACCAACUUGCGCUCCACGGCAGCCUUGAUCGUUUUGCCGAUAUCACGAGCAAAAAGCUCCGAUCCGAGGCUUCCAGCCAUGGCUUGAAUCCCGUUCAUUCCGAGAAAGAACGAGACUCUGGCACGGAGAGCAGCAACGCGAACUUGCUGUUCUCCAGUGCCUGGGCCAGGAGCGGGCCGCCGAAACUCUGGCGCUUGACCGUCGCCACUCGGUCGACGUAG